UGUCGCAAUGUUGGGGGUAGAAAACUCUGGAUUUACGACUAUAGCGCAGCUUUUCCGGCCAGUACAGAGCUGUUUGGAGGCUGGUAGGGGUGGUGAGGCCCGAAGCAGCUUCUGGAAUUUCUGAGCAGCUCUGGUCAGUACAAGAUGGACCCAGUAGUCUUGAGUUACAUGGACAGUCUACUGCGGCAAUCAGACGUCUCACUACUGGAUCCUCCAAGCUGGCUCAAUGACCAUGUUAUUGGGUUUGCCUUUGAGUACUUUGCCAACAGUCAAUUUCAUGACUGCUCUGACGAAGUCUGUUUCAUCAGCCCCGAAGUUACUCAGUUCAUCAAGUGCACUGGCAACCCAGCAGAAAUCGACAUGUUCCUUGAACCCUUGGACCUCCGCAAUAAGAGAGUUAUAUUUUUAGCCAUCAAUGAUAAUUCCAACCACGCAGCUGGGGGAACCCACUGGAGCUUGUUGGUUUAUCUGCAAGAUAAAAAUGGCUUUUUUCAUUAUGAUUCUUAUGGUGGAAGUAACUCAUUCCAUGCAAAACAGGUAGCAGAGAAACUAGAAGCUUUCUUAGGCAGAAAAGGAAACAAACUGGCCUUUGUGGAAGAGAAAGCCCCUGCUCAACAAAACAGCUAUGACUGUGGGAUGUACGUGAUAUGUAACACUGAGGCCUUGUGUCAGAACUUCUUUAGACAACAGCCAGAAUCACUACUGCAGCUACUCACUCCUACAUACAUCACAAAGAAGAGAGAAGAAUGGAAAGAUCUCAUUGCCAGACUUGCCAAAAAUUAGCUGUUGAAAUAUGUUUGACUUUUGAAGUCUCUUUCUGCCUGUCCCCAUGAAUUGGAUGGCUGCAGUCUCAGUGCCUGAGGGAAGAUGCCUAGGAAAGGAAAGCUUAGAGUGCUUACUUUCUCCUGAGAGAAUGUUGUCCUCCACAUUAUCCUAAUGGAAAGUGUCACUUUAACCCUAACUUCAGAGCAAUAUGUUCUGUGAAAGUGUCUUCAAAAUAUGCACCAAAACUGAUUAAUUCCCUUUUGGGCUCCCUUAUCCACAUUGGUUUAGUCCAAAGAAAAAAGAUUGAUCUGUAAAACAAAUUGAGAAUAUGUGAAAUUUAGAAGCAAGAAGAAAAUCAUACAGCAACCAAAGACUUAUUGCACAGCCCACAUAUUUCAAGAGAUGAACUAGCUGGAAGCAGAUCAAGACCUAACCUAAUUCAAGAUUGAAGUUUUAUCAGUUACUCAGUUCUGUGAUACCUCCUCUUCCGUUCAACAAGCGAAGGCUUUCCCAUCUAUAACCUUUGCCAAUACUUGAUAAAGAUGGUGUUAGCCCAUAGUCACCCAUCUAAUUCCUGGAGCCCUUUAAGAAAGGGGGACUCUUAAAUAACUUUGUUAAAAUUAAUGUCUGUGGUGGACCUCUUGUUUUGCAUCUGAAACUUAGUCAAAGUUUGUUUAUUUUUGAAAUACAAAGGAGAAAAAGUGACCUUUCUCAACUCUUUCACUUAAUUCAAAAUGCAGACAGUGUAAUUUUUGAAAUGUGGAAACGAGUAAAAUGAAGUGCUCUUCCUUCUAAAUUAUGGAUGUGUUUUUACAGUUAUUUCAAAUAACAAUUUAAAUGAUAUGUCAUAUACACAUAUUCUAUUCUUAAUGAGGAUUAGAUUACAAUGUAUAUGAGACUUGAAAGCCAAAGAUUAGCUUCAGCUGCAAAACUUAUAAUUUCAGCUACCUUCCUAGCCUAACCCUGCCCCCGGCCCUCAUGGCUCAAAAUAACCUCACCACUCAGUGACCACAGAGGCAAUAACCCAGUUCCUUUUAGUCAGGAAGGGAAAACCCAGUAAGUGUAAAUAAGUACAGGUCACAUAGCAGGCAUAAGUUGAAACUAAAAGUCAAAGAGAAAGCUACCAAAAAAAUUUUCAUUUCAAGUCAGUAUAUUUGAAAUAGAUAGGGAUACCUAAUGGAAGCUGGGAGCAGGAAAAAAAAAAAUUAGCAACAGGCAAUCAGGCAUGGAGGUGGAAUAGGGAGGGAGGAAUCGCAAAAGGACACAAUUGCUGAAGCCAGGAGUGUAGAUAAUGAUAAGGCAAUAUUGUUUCAAUAACCAUUGGCUUAGGCAUAUAGUCGAGACUGAAAAGCUCGGAGUCUUCUCUGGGAAAAGUUGUUGUCCUUCUGAUAAUGAUAGUGUAAAGUAUAUCUAGAUGUCAGAUUGUCUCCGUCUUAGAACAGUACCUGUGGGAGCAAUCUUUCCUGUCUCCCUAAGAUUCAUCCCAGAAAGAAAUUUUUUGACCGAAACUAGUACAGUCUUAUAAAUUAAAACCAAAGAUCUCCUUUUCCAGAUAAAUACCAUGAUUGAAUUGUACCACAAGGUAGUCUACUGUAAAAGUUUGAAUAUGCCAUUUUUGUUAACAUUGUAAAUGACAGAACUUAAGAGUCUUAGCUUGUAAUAUUUUACUCGAUAGCAGCCUGUUUAAGUCAUACACCUGCAUGGCCAUAUACCAUCGAUGUUACAUGGUACAUAAUAGGAAAAAGAUCUUUUGUUGGUAUUGUGUUCGCUUGUUUUAGAGUCAGAAAGAUCCAGUGUGCAAAGUUCAGCUUCAGAACAUUCAGUAGUUAAGCAGGUUUUUCAAAAUAGGAUUGAGCAAUUACCACACUGAACCAUGCUGUUUUCAGAUAUCCUGUUAUUUUUAUCUUUAGUUUUUGCUAUAUCCGUAUUGACUGUAUGGUUUAAUAAGUAUUCCAUUGAAGUGGCAAAGUAGAAUUUCUCAGUCAUGUGACUGUUUACUGAUACUAAAUUUUUUCUACCAGCACUUAGAAAAGAAAAUGUUUAAAGAAAUUACAUCCCAUUGUGUGGGAAAGAGCAUGAAUGUUCUGAUCAGUCCAAGCAGUAUCAGUUAUAGUCUCGGGCAGGUUUGAGAUUCAGUAGCCUCAUCUGCAAAAUG